AUGGUCGAGCCCGCGACGUUACCACCGCUGUCAAGCCUGAUGCAGCCGGCAAUCCAUGGAGUGAUGUCCAGCGAGGACAAUUGGAAGGGCAAGACAAGCCCGGCCGAGAGGAGAAAGAUCCAGAACAGGCUCAAUCAGCGGACGUGGAGACAGCGACGGAAGCAAGAGAAGCUUCAGGAGCGCCAAGGAGGGGCCCAGGACGCAAGCGUCCCAUCCUCGUCGUCUUCGCCGCCGCCUGCUGGCGCCCUGGUAGCGACCUCGAGAUGGACGACAUUAUCCGCGGCGUCGGCGGCCCCUGAUGGCGCAAAGACCCUUGUGUACGCGACGAUGCCGCUGUCUCGGCCGGAACUGCAUAGGAAGAAGGAAGACGCGCGCUCGUGCGGAGGGAAAGUGACGCUGAUGGCCUUGACGUACCUUGGUCGGGAGCGGCCGAUGACAGACCUCCAAGAUGAGGAUAUGGACGACCUCUAUCACCUGUUCCUUCAGCGUGCAUAUGAGAGCCGGAGCCGGCGGACCCCGAGUCCCGACCCCAUGUCGGACUCGCUACUGCCGCUGGUGCAGUUCAACCUGUUCCGCGGGCUGAUGGAGAACAUGAAGACGCUGGGCAUCACCCUGGAGAUGGUCUGCGACGACGAAUGUGUCUCCCCGUUCGGCAGCGACCCCAUCUACAACGUCCAAACGGAGUGGACCCUGCCGUUCUUCCUGAAGCCGACCGAGAUGCAGCUGACGUCCGAGCAUCAUCCCUGGCUGGAUCUCCUGCCCCUGCCGCGGAUGCGGGACAAUCUGAUAAAGGCCGGCCAGGACUGGAAUGAUGAAGAGCUGUGCCUCGACAUGAUUGGGAACGGUGACGCGCCGUCGGGCCAGGGAGGCAUGAUUCUGUGGGGGGAGCCGUGGGACCCGAACAACUGGGAGGUGACGGAGGAUUUUGUCGAAAAGUGGCGGUGGAUUCUCCAGGGUUGCGAGGAGAUGAUCAGAUCGUCCAACUACUGGAGAGCCAAGCGAGGCGAGAGGAGAAUGAGAGUGAGACUAUAA